AUGGCGGGCUUCAUUCAGAACAUCCUCUGGAACUCAGUUGAGGGAUUUGUCGACGCGGCGAAGAAGACAGGCGGUGAAUACGCAGGCAAUGCCUUGAUCAAAGCAGGCGACAUGAUUGAAGGUGGGGGCCGGAGCGUAGGAAACGGCAUUGAGAAGACGGCGACGGGAUACGGAUCUAAGCUCUCGGGCCAGACGUACCAGCCCUCGUCGGCGUCCAAGGCGCUGCCUUCUACGGCGCGCAAGCCGAUGGUGAAGCGUAGUAACUCGAUGCCUGCGAAUACGAGGCCGUCUGGCUCUGUUGCGGGCGGGAGGUCGAUUGCUGGGCCGACGAGCAACGUGCCUCUCGGCGCGAAGAAGACAGUGGGUGGUGCGAAAAAGGCAGUUGGAGGUGUUGCGGGAGGAGCAACGAGGACUGUUGGAGGUGUGACAGGAACAGCAACGAAGACCGCAGGAGGCGUGACAGGCGGAGCCACCAAGGCUAUCGGUGGUGUCACCGGCGGAGCUACGCGAGGCGUCAACGGAGUCGUUCGCGGAACAUCCAAGGGCGUGAACGGCAUUGCUGGAGGUGCAACCAAAACCGCCGGCGGAGCUAUCAGCAGAGGAUCCAAACCCCUUGGCGGAGUCGUCAAUAACGCGACACAGGGCGUCGGCGGAAUCGUAAACGGCUCCUCCAAACCCAUCACCAGCAUCGGUUCCAACGCGCAGAAAGCAGUACCUCAGGGUAUGCCCAAGCCGUACGACAGCACCUCCGCAGGUUCAAGCUACACGAACCCGUACCCCACGGCGAAGAAAGCGGCCGUCAAGCCAGGCAUGGGUAAGCCCUUCACGCCCCCUGCGUCGAUCUCAAGUGAACCCAAGCCGUACCCCGGGACCAACACGCUGCCUGGCCAGGGUAGCAAGACGCCGGUGAGGAGGACGUACAAGCCUGCGCAGACGCUGGGCAGUCAGGUUGCGCCGGGGCAGAAGAUGACACAUAUUGGAUCGUUUUGA